GGAAUUCCCAAACGAAAUAACGGAAUUAUCAAUAUUAAAAAUGAGGAUGAUCGUUGCUUUGAAUAUUGUAAUCUUGCAGAACUUUUCCCAGCACAACAUCAUCGAGAACGAGUUUCUUGGUAUACCCCCCACUUAGGUAAGUUAAAUUUUAAUGGAAUUCAAUUCCCAGUAAAAGCGGACGAGUAUACAAUGGAAAAGUUCGAGAAACAAAAUCCAGAUAUAUCUGUAUCAAUUUAUGGAUGGAGUGAAAAAAAGCUUAUCCCAAUCAGAAUCGCGCCUAAAUCCAAAGUACAUGAUAGAUGCAAACACGAAGAGGGGAACUGUCAACCACGAGAAUUAAUCCGACUUUUAUUAAUAACUGGUGAUGAUCCGAAAACAGGAGAACCCGCCCAACAUUAUUGCUUAAUUCAAGGAAGAGACGGGUUAGGAAAAUUAGCAGGAUAUACAACAAAACAUCAUCGAAAGUUAUAUGUUUGUGAUUAUUGCGUAAGCCACCGAACCCAUGACCCCAAAAUUGACGCUCAGCAUAUGGAAGAUUGUGAAGGAAUUAAUACCCCGGUACAAAGAACGGAAAUGCCAAAGGAAGGUAAAAAUAUCUAUAAAUUUAGACGAUAUGAGCGAAUGUUAGAUGCGCCUUUUACUUGCACAGCAGAUGCUGAAACUCUUUCCACUCUGAUUGAAAAAAACCAAGGAUCGAAAACGACAGCAAUCCAAGAACAUAAAGUUAUAUCAUUUGAUUAUAUAAUUAGGCGUAGUGAUGGCAAAACCAAAGCACCAGUAAAAAUUAGAAGCGACGAUCCUGCUGGAGAAUUUAUUAAAGCAAUGGAAGAGGAAAAUAAGCAAUGUCAAGACUUUCUCGCAGGAGGCCAUAUAAUUCGAGAAUCUGCAACGAAAUUAAUCAGAAUGUUGCGAUCAGGAAUAAUACCAGAAGAGAUAGCAGAAGGUUAUAUUAACCACAUUAGCAUAUUUCAAACAUGGAAAUUAGGCAAAAUUAAUCUCGCUUCUAGUAAAGAAUACGAGAAAUUAAUACAUCUUAAACAUUACUUAAAAGGUCUUUACCAAGCUCAUAAAAGAGAUCCCCUUGGAGUAGAUAUAGGAAUAAUGUACCGUUUAGCAAAUACAAUUUAUUGUAGACUCCGAUGGCCUGGAGAACCAAUGAAAAAAUUAACUACUCAAGAAGAAAAAACGCAUAAUUCGGCUAAAGAAUGUUGGAUAUGUGAAAAGCCAUUUGGAAAAGAAGAUAAUCUUAAAAAAGUUCGAGAUCAUGACCAUAUUACAGGUAACUAUAGAGGUCCAGCCCAUAGUAUUUGUAACCUCCAACUACGAAUCAAACCAGAGGAGUUUAAAUUACCAAUUCGUUUUCAUAAUUUAGGUAAGUUUGACGCUCAUCUUAUUUCCCAAGCUAUGGGACGAGUAAGCAGAGAAAAGAUAAGCGCGAUUCCUCAUAAUAUGGAAAGUUAUCUCACUCUCGAUAUUGGAAAUCAAAGAUAUAUGGAUUCUUUACAACUUAUGCCUGGAUCCCUUGAUUCUCAUAUAUCUAACUUAGGAGCUGAACCGUGUAAAGAGGAAGUAGAUAAAGAUGGAAAUUCUUUAAACUUACCAUGUAAAAAGCCCGGUCAUCUUUAUCGAAUUGACUCAGAUAGAUGCUUUGCUCAUCCAGAGAGAUUCCCCAUAACUAGAGAGCAUGGGCCAAAAGGAAGGGAUGACUUAGUAUUUCGUAAAGCUCCUUUCCCAUAUGAUUGGUUUAAUACACCGGAAAAAAUGGAAGCUACUUCACUUCCUCCUAUUGAGGCUUUUGAUAGUAUCCUUAACAAAUCUAAAUGCUCAGAAAAAGCUUAUAAAAUUGCACAAGAGGUAUGGGAAUCUUUUGAUAUGAAAACAUUCAGAGAUUAUCACGACUUUUAUCUUAAUCUCGACGUACUAUUAUUAGCAGAUUGUUUAGAAGGAUUUCGAAAAUUAAUGACAGAUAAGUUUGGAUUAGAUGUUGCUCACUAUGUUUCCCUCCCUUCAUUUGCAGAAGAUGCUUUAUAUAAAACAACUGGACAGGAGAUUGAGCUAUUUACUGAUGAUAAUAUGUACCUCUUCUGUGAGAAAGGUAUCCGAGGAGGUAUUACAAUGGUAAGUAAUCGUCAAGUUAAAGCUAAUAACCCGCAAUGUCCCGAUUUUGUUCCAGAGACAGAAGAAGCCAUGAAAAAACUCUAUACUUGGCUAUUAUAUGUUGAUGCCAAUGCAUUAUAUACUGGAGCAAUGAUGCAAGCUAUGCCAACAGGCGGACAUAGAUGGAUAACGGCAGAAGAAACUCCAAACCUUUUUAAUAAAAUUAGCAAGUGUGAAAUCCCUGAUGAUGCAGAUAAAGGCUAUAUUUUGGAAGUUGAUCUUGACUAUCCAUAUAAAUUACACAAAGCUCACACUUCAUAUCCUUUAGCUCCUGAAAAUAUCGAGAUUUCUAAAGAGGAAAUGAGUAAGUGUGGACAAGAGAUUAUUAAUGAUUUAAAACAUUAUACAAAGACUAAGAAACUCAUCCCCAAUCUCAAUAAUAAGAAGAAGUAUAUAGUCCAUUAUCGAGCUUUACAAUUCUAUAUAAAUCAAGGAAUGGUACUUACUAAAAUUCAUCGAGCUAUAGAAUUUAACCAAAGCCCAUGGAUGAAGCCUUUUAUGGAAGAGUUAGCAAGAUCUCGUGCUUUAGCUAAGAAUGAUUUCGAGAAAAAUAUGUAUAAGCUCCUUGGUAAUGCAAACUAUGGAAAGACUGUAGAGAAUGUACGAAAAUAUCAAAGAAUAGAUUUUGUUAGACCAGAAGGAGAAUCAAAAAAGUUUAAAAAAUUAGUAGCUGAUCCUAGUUACAAGUCGCAUAGAAUUUUAGCAGAGAAUUUAGUAGGUAUUUCUCGUCAUCAAUCAAAAGCUAGACUUAGUAAACCUAUCUUUAUUGGUAUGUCUGUCCUUGAUGAAAGUAAGAUUACCAUGUAUAAUUUCUAUUAUAAUAUUAUAAAAAAACGAUACGGAGAUAAUGUUGAAGUGGUAUAUACGGAUACUGAUUCUCUUAUAUUACUUAUCCGAACUGAGAAUGUUUAUAAAGAUAUGGCAGAGAUGCAUGAACAUUUCGAUUUUAGCGAUUAUAAGCCAGAACAUCCUAUAUACCAAGCUCUCGGAAAAGAAAAGAUCAGUUUGAAUAAAAAAGUUCCUGGUAAGUUUAAGGAUGAAAGUUGCGGUACCGCUAUGUGGAAAUUUUGCGGACCAAGACCUAAGCUCUAUAGUUAUAUUCUUGCUGAUGGGAAAACAGAUCGAAGAGCUAAAGGAGUACAAAAGAUAGUAGUCAAAAAGAAUUUUACUCACGAUAUGUAUGAAGAUUGUUUAAAAUCUCGAAAAGAAUGUAUGGUAACUAUGCAUAGAUUAGGAAGUAAAGACCAUAUUAUCAGACUUCUUCGUUCAUCUAAAGUUGGUAUUAGCCCUUUAGAUACUAAGAGAUGGAUUUUAUCAGAUGGAAUUACUACAUUAGCUUUUGGGGAUUGGCGUAUUAUUGCAUAUAAGAAAUUUAUAGCAAGAGGAAUAUCACAUGAAGAAGCCGAAAAAAGAAUGUUGAAUCUCGAACUCAAACCUCAAUAUCAAUAA